AUGAUUAACAUGCAUGUUAGUAAUGGUAUUAGCACACCAACUCUUAUGUUGUGCUAUGCAAUGGUAACCAUUGUAUUCCUCCCUCCAACGAAUCCACUAUCGUUUAGCUACCCCUCCUUUACCAGAAGUGAUGGAGGGCUGAAGCUGGAAGGAGAUGCAGUAGUGUCACGUUCAGAAAUCCAAGUCACAUUGAGCAGAAUAGGCCAAAGCAACGAAUACAGUGUUGGACGUGUCACACCACUUCAUCACAUGCUUCUCUGGGAUAUUAGCUCUAGAAAACUGGCAGAUUUCAUUACCAAAUUCUCUUUUACUAUCUUCUCUGAAGACUCACCCUAUGGAGAUGGUUUGGCAUUCUUCUUGGCAGAUCCAGGGCUUCCCCUUUUGAAUAACAUUAGAGAAGGAGGUGGUCUUGGCCUUGUUGAUGGUGACCAAGUGUUGAACUCAACUCAGCACUCAUUUGUGGCAGUGGAGUUUGACACCUUCAAAAAUUCAUGGGACCCCUAUGGCCCUCAUGUAGGUAUCAAUUUCAACUCCAUGAAGUCUAACAUAACGGCGUCAUGGUUGACUCAUGAUAUGUCACAGAGUAAAGUUUUUAAUUGUAGCAUUGAGUACAACUCCACCACUCUUAAUUUAAUGGUUUCUUUCACCGGCUACACUAGUGACAAUACCCCAGUAGAAAAAAACAUUUCAUACAAAGUUGAUUUGAGAUAUCACUUACCUGAGUGGGUUAUGGUUGGGUUCUCGGCAGCCACGGGAAGUGUGUAUGAGGUGAAUAUUCUCAAGUCAUGGUCAUUUAGUUCAAGCUUACAAAUUAGUGAUAGUGGUGAUGAUAUUAAUGAUGAUAAUAAACUGGGUAAGGGGCUAGGAAUUGGAGUGGGUUUGUGUGUGGCUUUUUUAGGGUUGGCUUGUUUUCUGUUGUGGAAAAGGAUUAAAAGAAAGGAAGAUGUUUUGGUAGAAUUUGAUGUGAAAAUGGAUGAUGAAUUCCAAAAGGGCAUUGGACCCAAGAGGUUUGGCUACAAUGAACUUGAAAGUGCAACAAGUAAAUUUGCACAGUCAGAGAAGCUUGGACAAGGUGGUUUUGGUGGUGUGUAUAAAGGUUUUCUGAAAGAUUCAAACUCCUAUGUUGCAAUCAAGAGGAUAUCAAGCGAGUCUAAGCAAGGGGUUAAAGAAUAUGCUACUGAAGUCAAGAUCAUUAGCCAAUUGAGGCACAAGAAUUUGGUGCAACUCCUUGGUUGGUGCCAUAGGAAAAAUGACCUCCUUCUCAUAUAUGAAUUCAUGCCAAAUGGAAGCUUAGAUUCCCAUUUAUAUGGUGGGAAAGGCUUCUUGACAUGGCCUAUAAGGUAUAACAUAGCUCUAGGCUUGGCUUCAGCAUUGCUCUACCUGCAAGAAGAGUGGGAACAAUGUGUCCUCCAUAGGGACAUCAAAUCAAGCAACAUAAUGUUGGACUCAAGUUUCAAUGCUAAGCUUGGUGACUUUGGUUUGGCUAGGUUGGUGGAUCAUGAGAAAGGGUCACAAACCACACUUAUAGCUGGGACAAGAGGGUACAUUGCACCAGAAUAUGUGAUCACAGGAAAAUCUUAUAAGGAGUCUGACAUAUACAGCUUUGGGGUUGUUUUAUUGGAGGUAGCAAGUGGAAGAAAAGCCAUUGACCUAAAUGCCAAGGAUGGUCAAGUAACAAUUGUUGAGUGGGUAUGGGAGAUGUAUGAAUUGGGAGAGUUACGUAAAGUAGCAGACCCAAAAUUAUGUGGAGAAUUUCAUGAGGAACAAAUGGAAAGAUUAGUGGCUACAGGCCUUUGGUGUGCUCAUCCAAAUUAUAGAUUCAGGCCUUCUGUGAUGCAAGUGAUCCAAAUGCUAAAAUUUGAAGCCGAAUUGCCCGUUCUGCCAAAAUGGAUGUCUGUCACAAACUACUAUCCUAUAACAACAAAACCAGUUUUUUCAUUAAUUUCAAACGAUGUAUUAUAAGUAGGAAGUUUUUGUAGUAAAAAGUUGUUGAAAAUAUUUAUGGUUCUAAUCAUUUUACAUUCUAGUAUAGUAUUAGCUGUUAAUGUACAUUGUUUUAAUUAAAGAUUUGAUAUUAUACGAUAGCCAUAUAGUUAGCUUACUAAACAAUUUUCCCUUAGUAAUUUUAUUUUUGAACUUUUGAUGGUAUAAUUG